AAAAGAAACACAGAAACAGACAGAGAGAGCUCUGAGAGUCUGAGGUUUCAGUGAGUGAAGAUAACAAACCAAGAAAGCGCCGUUUUUUGAUUUCUUGGCCUCUCAAACACACAACACCACUCACUCUCUUUUCAAAUUUCUCAACAAGAUUUUCUUUGCUGCUAUGCACCCUUCUCGGUAAUCUGAGAGAAAAUCCUUUGAUUUCCCAAUUAUCUCCUCAGAUCUUCUGGGAUGGAGAAGGAAGGGAAGAGCAGUAGAAGUAGAGAGUCAGAGUUUGUGCUGCAAUGGGGGAACAGGAAGAGGCUUAGAUGUCAGAAGGUGAAGGUCAAGAAAGAACGAAGCUUUGACACCAACAUCAUCACCAAAUCCAGGAAAAUCAGAGACUCUCCCUCUCCAAUACCUCAGCGCAUUAACAAGAGCUCGACGUCGCCAUUGAACAGUAGGAAGUUAUUUAUCACAUCUCCGGAGAAGGAAGAUCGGUAUUACACAACUAGGGGUUCCUUAGGGUUGGAUGAUAAUGGUAAGAUGUUAGGAUUAGAUCAUCAUGGUCAUGCGGUGGAGGAUAAAGGAAGCAAUGUUUGGCCAAAAUUGUUCCUAUCAUUGUCUAGUAAAGAAAAGGAAGAGGAUUUCAUGGCAAUGAAAGGGUGUAAGUUACCUCAAAGGCCCAAGAAAAGAGCAAAGUUGCUACAAAAAAGCUUACAUUUGGUAAUGCCAGGUGUAUGGUUAUCAGAUUUGUGCCGAGAGAGGUAUGAAGUGAGGGAGAAGAAGACUUCAAAAAAGAGAGCCCGGGGUUUGAAGGCUAUGGGCGGUUUAGAUAGUGAUUCGGACUGAGAGAUAGAUCAGUUGCAAAAGAGGAUACAGGUUUUUGGGAUCAGUAGGCAACCAAGGGACAAUGAUCAAAGCCGGCAAAAAUACAAUGAAAGAAUUGGUGUGGUCUAAACUUCCUUUGGUUGUCUAUGUAGAAACUUCUCUGGCAUUUUUUUACGUUGGAAAAUAAAUUUCAUCAUCUGCCUCACUGCCUCAGUUCCUGACUUCCUGUUGUUUAAUCAAGGUAGUUGAUUAGU